AUUGGCUAUUGUCGCUGUCAGUCAGGGCCAUGGGUCGAACCUUGCCCCACUCUUUGUGUAAGCUCUUGUUGUCUGGGAGAGUGGCGGAGGCGCUGCUGUAGAUUGGUCCCUGGGAGAAACCUCUGGUCCGUUCCUAUUGGCCCGUCCGCCGGCGGGCAUCGCUGAUUGGUAGGGCCGAGCAAUCUGGGUCCUAGUUGGCAGAGCUCUCCCCGGAUGGAAGCUCCGGCCGCGGAGUGAUGGAGGCGGCAGCGAAGAUGGGCCGGGCAGAGACCAUGGCGGUGGCGGCAGAAGUGGCAGGGGCGGGGCGCCUGGCGAUAGAGGAGGCUGUGGUCUACAGGGGGCUGUAGGUGGAGGCAUGGCUCAGGCCAGCAGCGGGAACGGCAGCGAGGAGGCCUGGGGGGCACUUCGCGUGCCGCAACAGCAGAGUCCGGCAGCGUCUUCUCUUGAGGGAGCAAUUUGGAGAAGAGCUGGAACCCAGACUCGCGCCCUGGAUGCCAUCCUUUAUCAUCCACAACAGUCCCAUCUGCUUCGAGAGCUCUGCCCAGGAGUGAACAACCAGCCCUACCUCUGUGAGAGUGGCCACUGCUGCGGGGAGACGGGCUGCUGCACCUACUACUAUGAGCUCUGGUGGUUCUGGCUGCUCUGGACUGUCCUCAUCCUCUUUAGCUGCUGUUGCGCCUUCCGUCACCGGCGAGCUAAACUCCGGCUGCAGCAACAGCAGCGCCAGCGGGAGAUCAACCUGUUGGCCUACCACGGGGCAUGCCAUGGGGCUGGCCCUGGCCCUACCGGUUCACUGCUUGACCUUCGCCUCCUCAGCGCCUUCAAACCCCCAGCCUAUGAGGAUGUGGUUCACCGGCCUGGCACACCGCCGCCUCCUUACACCGCAGCCUCAGGCUGCCCCUUGACUGCUUCCAGUGACCGCACCGGCCGCUCCUCUGCUUCUAGCUGCCGUGCCCACUGCGAGGGAACAAAUGUGGAAGGUGUUGCCUCCCACGGGAGUGCGCCCCCUCAUCAGGAGGGUGAGCCUGGGGCAGGACUCAGCCCUGCCCCCACACCCCCUUCUUGCCGCUAUCGCCGCCUGACUGGUGACUCAGGUAUUGAGCUCUGCCCUUGUCCUGACUCCAGCGAGGGCGAGCCAGUCAAGGAGGCUAGGGCUAGUGCCACCCCACCAGAUCUGGAGGGCCCUUAUGUGCUGCCCCUCGAUCCUGUACCCCAGGUCUCUCCUGUGGGGCUAGCUUCCACUGAAGGGGACAUCCCAUAAACAGUUUUGGGAGGGUGGCUGGAUUCCUUGCCCACCAGAAACAGCCCGGGGCUCAUAUCCUCAAGUUCUCCUUCGCCUCUCCCUGCCGCCUCGAAUCUGCCUGAAAGGGGUGGAGUCCUGAGGAGAGCGGCAGUGUUUGGGGGACUGUGCUAGCUGUACCCCCAAAAAACAUACACAGGAGCCUUUGAUCUCAUUAAAGAGAUGUGAACCAGC